AUAAAUCUUGUCAAAUUUUAGAAUUGUCAAGUUUUAGUGCGUAGUAAUAAAACAUAUUGUUUAAUAAUCUAACACAUUAACCUAUUUAUAAACAAUGUUUCAUAUUAAAGAUAAUUUAAAGACGUCAAAUCGAUUACGUGCACAAGUUUCGCAUUUCAAAAGGACUUCAAUAUUCUAACAUUUCAAUCUGUCCUUCCUUAAUUUAAAUUUAAUAAUAUUUAAAUAGAAGAAUGAGAAAUAUUAGGUCAAAAUUAUAAGCUCAGUGAGUAUUUACGUUAACGUAUAAUUAUUACAGUAAACAGAUGAUCUCAAAUUUAAUUUAAAACAAUUUAAGUAAUAACUGAUUUUGUUGUAUAUUUAGAAUUUCUCUAACGAAAACGCUUAAAUUUGGUGAUAAUGGGAAGUUCAGUUAGUCAAGUAUUUCAAUCGGGCAGUGCUCUUUUAUCAAACGCGCACGGACACCGUGUCACGGACUCCACAAGACAAAAGGUUCAGACAGUAUUCGAUGCUUUACGCGCUAAUGCCAAGAUUGGUGUGCAACGGCUUGAGGGUCUGUUGCAGCAAAUACCUAAAAAUGAAAAUAUCCUAAUGAUACACGACGAAUCUGGAUACAAUUUACUUCAGAGAUGUGUAGGGGCCAAUAAUGUAGAAUUGGUACGAUGGCUGUUAGCGCGACAUUCAUCGGCAGAUAUUAGUCGAUGUCCGUGUAGUUUACCUUUACACAUUGCAUGUUUGAAGGGGUACAGCGAGUGCGUGGAAUUGCUGUUAAAGCAUGGUGCCAAAAUCGAUGUGGAGGCAAGAAUGUGUUGGCCCGGACCCCAUAGCAAUAACUGUGAACAUCGAGGAAAGUAUUCUAAUAUUAAUGCUGAUGACAACUGUAUGGAUCGCGAUCGUGAUCGUCCCCCAAAACUUCAGUCUGCCAUAUAUUACGCUCUAGACGGAGAUCAAGUGGAAAUUUUGGAGAUGUUAUCGCUUCGGAGUGGUGAUCCGUGGAACGGACUGUUUCGCAAUCGCAAGCCUCUCUUACAUGCUGCGUGUGAACGAGGCGCUUGGCGUUGCACUCAGUUUCUAGUCACACUUCGAGCGGACGAGAUUCAUAUACUGAAAGACGAGUAUUAUCCCAUCCAUUAUGCGGUCUUGCACGAUAGUCGUUUCUUAGAGUUACUUAUAAAUGCUGGAGCGGAUACUGCCGUCCGUACAUGUACACAGCAGAUGACUUUGUUGCAUGUUGUUUUUCUUGUUGCGCAUAAGUCUGCCGAAGAUACAAUAUCUACAAUUCGCUUACUGCUGGAACACGGCUGCAAACAACUAAUUAAUACGCCAGAUUCUCUAGGAAACACGCCUUUACAUGCACUGAUUGUUCGCUACGCGUUGGAGGAGGCUCGAUAUGGCUAUGAUAAGUGGAAUAAGUGGGACAUAUUGCAUUUGGUGCGGUAUAUGAUACAGUCUGGCGCUAGACAGUCGAUCAAUCAAAUGGGAAAUUCUGCUUUGGCAUGCGUUUUGCGACAUGUGCGAGACUGGGAUAUCUGUUAUGAAUUGCUGCACAUGCUUUUGGCGGAAGGAGGUGAACCAAAUAUGGUUGGACGUGAUGGCUCUGUUCCGAUUAUGGUGUGUCUUGUACCGCUUAUUAAUAAGGAUCCUUUGCACCAUUUUACACAUAGCAUGAAGGUAUGCUACCUGAACUGCAUUCGAAUACUUUUAAAGUACGGAGCCAGUCCAAACUGUAGUUAUCGUGAGAACUUGACUCCACUGCAUAUAUUAGUCUUUACAGUAUCGGAAAAUAUAACAUUAAACUGUGAUGUGCAAAAACAACUCAAUUUUGAAUUUAUAAAAAAUUUGUUAAUAUUAUUACUUUCGUACGGAUUAGAUCCGAACGUACGCGCGAGCAAUCGAACUCAGCAUAUUUUGCAGUCCUGCAUGGACAUGAUACAAAACGUGCGCGAUUGCAGAGACAUUGAUUAUGUGUACGAUCUUACGCUUACCUUAAUCCAGUACGGAGCUAAUCCAGAUCUUAGUUUAAAUAUAUCGGAAGCAAUAAAGAGUUAUCCGUUGCAGCGCUCACAAUCCUUGUGGAAAAGUAAAAAUUAUAUUUUAUAUUACUAUAUCAUGUUAGUCUCUAGAAAAGAAAACGUUAUUACGGAUCCGAAAAUGUCGUUUGCCAAGAUAAUUAUGUUGUUCUAUUUAGUAAUGAAACAUAAACCUCUAUUUGAAUGUUUAAAAAUGUUACAUACACAACAGUUAAGUUUGGUACCUGACAGAAGAACAGAGCCGUUAACUUGUAUUAUCAGAGAUUUAUACAAAAGGCCUCGAAGUUUGAAGCAAAUAUGUAGAGUGAAGAUUCAUAACUGCUUAAGCCAAAAGCCGGGCCUUUAUCUAAAUAAACUGAAUUUACCGAAUUCGCUUAAAGAUUAUAUCAUAAAUUUUGAGCUGUAAUAGUUUUAUGGCACAAUUAUAUGCCUUGAAUUAAUUACGUUUAUUUUUUUGGUGACAAAAAGUGCUAUUGCUAGUCAUGAUCAAAUUUAGAGUUUUUUAUGAAGGCUUUUUCAGAUAGUCGUGUAGCUACAGAACGAUGGGACAUUUUUCAAAUUAAAGAGGCCUUCUGCCAUAAUGUAGUUUUACCCAUGCUGUAGCUAUACUAUCAUUUAUUCUAUUAUACUAAAGAAUAUAAACAUACGAAACAGUA